AUGGCGACGGGACUGAACACUAUCGGGCCACUAGCAUUGGCCAUGCUCGCAGUAUGGCCGAUUGCAGUGGACGCUGCCUACCAUGCAGUGCCGGCGCCGGCGGUGGAUUGCAAUAGCGUCAUCCUCAACCUGGCCGAUUGCCUAACCUUCUUCAUCGACGGCAGCACCGAGGCGAAGCCGCUGGGGAGUUGCUGCUCCGGCCUCAAAAUGGUGAUGAAAACCAACACUGAGUGCUUGUGCAAAGGGUUUAAGAAAAUCCCUCAGUAUCAACGCAUAGCAGCUCCAUUCGCAACUAUAGAAUCUUAUCAGGUAGCACUCGGGCCAGCUCAGGGAGAGCUACCGUCUUCUGCAAUGGCAUCAACGGGAUUUGAAGAGGGGAAGGAUUUGAGGGAGAAGACACUCAGUAUAUGA